AUGAAGCUCGAAGAAUUGUAUGAACUCUUCGAAAAGAACAUAAAUGAGCCGCAUCGCGAAGAGACCCUCAAUGCAAUGGUUAAUCAUCCCCAAGGAAACAUCCUUGCUCAGUGUGUAUUUGAGCGAGCAAAUGCGCCUCUUUUUCUCGCUGCUAAGAAUCAGCUUCUUCCUAACGACGAGGGCGAUGAAUACGGCCCGUUCGAUUCUCUUUUGGAAGCAGGUUAUUGCAAGAGGAUCCUUCGAGUUAUGGCCUGCGAGGAUUAUGUAAUCAAUCUCUUGAAAGACGAAUUUCUGCGUAGAUACGAGCGUGAACCGGACAGUUUGUCCGAUAUUGUCCGAAUUCUGGCCGAUCGAGAAGAAAUCAAGAACGAAUCCAUGAUUCCAAAAGCUACUUUUGAGAUGGAUGCGUAUUACCCGACAGUGAAAAUUGGCAGUGAGUGGAUCAUUUCAGACACUAUGAUAAAUGGUCCAGACGCAUGUAACAAAUACGACGAGCCACAGACAGACGGACUCGAGCUGUAUGUUUACAAGAUUUCAAGAUCAAGUGGCAUUCUCUUGAAGGAAUUGCAUCUUCCUCUGUCUUUUAUUGGAAUGCCGAAUUUGCUUCUGGAGCCAUUUCUUAUUAUGUUUGAUGGAACCGACAGCUUUGAAGUUCACAAUUUGCUCGAACCAACCGGGGCACCAAUGACUAUUAAAAGAAGUAGAGAAAUAGUUGGCGAUAUGGACUUCGGCCUUUGGGCAGGGUCGAAAUACGAUAGCGAUAUUCGUAUCAAUGGAAAGCCCCCUGAAAGUGUACUUUUUCCAGUCGUCUAUAUGCCGAAUGCAACGAGCGUUUGCGUAGAAUGCACUAGAAUUGGAAGAUCGUCAAUCCAGAUUCUAUGGAAAGAAACUUUCCAUUUUCCUGAAGAGUACGAGGCUAAUAUGAUUUUCUUAGACCGCGACAACUAUGUUCUAUUGAUCAACGAUCGAGGAGAUACCCAUAUCUUUCACAUUAUCCUGUCCAAACAAAAAAUAAAGCGAUACUUUCUCGCGGCCUCAGAAUACUUCUCUUUUGGAUUGUUCAAAGAGCAACUUGUCAUGGGACAUUUUGGCUACACAACAGAUGAAAACAAUCGCCAAGUUAUGUCCUUCGGAUUUUUGACUGACAAGGAAGACGAGAAUUUUCAAGUUGCAUGUUUCUUCAAAAAUGGAGAUCAUGAAGAUAUUUCAAUAGGAAGAGACCAGAUACUGCAUUUCAGAAAUUUACACACUGAAGAUACGACGAUAAAAAUAAUAAGCAUAGAUUACCUGUUGAAUUUUCUGGAGGAUAGAGAGCAAGAAAAGACUAUUCAAACUAUUGAAAUAAUGGGUAUCGCCGAAACAAAACCUGUCAUUGAAAUAGUCCUUUCUAUGUGGGGAGGCUUCGGCGGCUUUGGCCAAGGAUGGCGAGGCCAAGGAAAUCGCGGCGGUGGCUACGGCCGCGGUGGCGGAAAUUUUCCAAAUCGCGGAGGCUACCGACAACAAAUGUGGAACGGUAUGCCUAUGAACAAUGGCAUGCGAAUGCCGAUGGGCGGCAUGAACAAUAUGGGCGGUCGGAUGCCGAUGGGUGGUAUGCCGAUGCAACAAAAUCCUCGUAUGCAAGGACAGGGCGAAGAAAUGCCAACUAUGCUGCACAUGGGAUAUGAUGGCGAAGGAUUCGGGGACGACCCUGCUGGAGAAGUGAAAACUGAAGUAAAGAUGGGUAGUUCCACUAAAGAAUCUGCCCCUAAACUUGGCAAAAUGGGCAAAGUUGGUGAUAUGAAGCCAGUGGAUAGUGGCGAAAAAUCUGAAUGGCCACCAAGUCUCAUGGACUACAUUUCCCGCGCGUUUUCUUCCUGCAGAAAUGACCAAGAAAAAGACAAGACAGAAAGUUAUUUGAAAGAUCUUCUGAACGGACGAUUGAAAUCAGGCUCUGCUUAUGAAAUUGACUGGGAAAGCGAGCCGCUUCCGAAGGAUAUCUUUGUCGACAAGGGCAAGAUCUCAUACGAAAAGAAUACGCAGCGAGAUAUCAUGUACGACUCAGCCAAGAGAGACGCGGACUUGUUAGAAUCUAUGCGUUCAAUGACGAACGUCCCAAGAAAAAUGACCAAGGCCGAGAAGAAGGCAAAGAAACGAGGAGCUGUAGCUGGUCUCACAUCAGCUGAAGCUCAGAACUAUCAAGUCGUUGAUCCAAUGGAAGGCGUGAAACGCGCCGCCCGAAACAUGCGAUUCCAGUCUGACAUGAAGAAAGAAAUGCAAAAGCGUCAAGUUCCACUUCAACUCAAUCUUGGAGGCGGCUUUGAGGCGCCGAAAACAUUUGAUCCGUCAAAAGCGAAAAUUAUCGGCACUAGCACUCAAGUAUUCAAGCCUUAUCUUCGUCUUACCUGUGCUCCUGAGCCUUGGGAAGUUCGAACUAAAGCCCAGCUUCCAAAAUCUUUCAAGGCUGUUCUCGAGCGAUGGAAAGACGAGAACAACUACAAAUGGACUUGCGAGCAGCUCAAAUCAAUCCGCCAGGAUUUGACUGUUCAGUGCCUGAGAGAUGAGUUCAUGGUUGAAGUCUACGAGACUCACGCUAGGAUCGCGAUCGAAGCUCAAGAUCACGCUGAAUUUAAUCAAUGCCAAUCACAACUUGCCAUGCUCUACAAAGACGGCAAAAAGUCAGAUAACAAGGCGGAAUUCGCAGCAUACAGUAUCAUUUAUUGUCUUUACACAAGAAAUAUGACGGACAUGACCAAACGUCUCUCCCAACUUACAGAGGACAUGGCAAAUGAGACUAUCAUUUCCGAUGCUCUCAAACUUCGCUCUCACCUUUGUCUCGGAAAUUAUUUGGGCUUUUUCCGUAUCUACAAACGCUCUAGUGCUCAUAUGAAAAUGCUUGUUGGAAAGUUUAUUGAGCGUGAGAGAAGAAAGGCAAUUUGCACUAUUGUGAAAGGUUUCCGACCAUCGUUUCCGGUCAGUGAUAUCGCCGAUCAGCUAGCAUUCGACGACGAAAAAGAAGCUCUUCAGUUCCUGACGGAGAACAAGUUGACGAUCAAGGAUGAUCAAGUAGAUUGCAAAGAAUCUGUUGAUGUUGUUCCAGCCAUUAGAGCAACUAUAAAGGCCGAUUGA